GGCCGGACCGCAGAGCCUCCCUGCCGCCAGAUGAAUGGAGUCGCCUUCUGCCUGGUCGGGAUCCCGCCGCGUCCGGAGCCCCGGCCCCCCCAGUUGCCACUGGGCCCAAAAGAUGGGUGCUCUCCUGGGCGCCCGAUGCCCUGGCAGGGGCCAAGGACGCUGCUGUUGCACAAGAGUCUCCAGGACGGCUUCGGCUUUACCCUGCGGCACUUCAUUGUGUACCCGCCAGAGUCGGCCAUCCACUGCAGCCUGAAGGAGGAAGAGGAUGGAGGCCGAGGAGGCCGAGGAGCAGGAAGAAGAGGCCCUGCCCCCCGGCCCCGCCUGGAGCCCAUGGACACCAUCUUCGUGAAGAACGUGAAGGACGAUGGCCCUGCACACAGGGCGGGGCUUCGCACAGGAGACCGGCUGGUGAAGGUGAAUGGGGAGAGCGUCAUUGGGAAGACCUACUCCCAGGUCAUCGCCCUGAUCCAGAAUAGUGCCGACACCCUGGAGCUGUCCAUCAUGCCCAAGGAUGAGGACAUCCUCCAGCUGGCCUACUCCCAGGACGCCUACCUGAAGGGGAACGAGCCGUACUCUGGAGAGGCCCGCAGCAUCCCCGAGCCGCCCCCUCUCUGCUACCCCCGGAAGACCUACGCCCCACCAGCUGGGCUGUCUGCUUGGGCCAUGAUGGUGCCUGAGCCCACCUCAGCCCUGCCCAGCGACCCCCGGAGCCCUGCUUCCUGGAGCGACCCAGGGUUCCGUGCCCCACCCGCUGCCUGCACCCCUCUAGAGCCCUCUUCCUCGGGGAUGAGCCAGCCCCGCCCGAGCCUUGGUGCCUUCCCUUCCCUCCCCCCGGAGCCCAACAGCAGGGCACUACCCAGCAGACUGGAGUGCCAGCAGGCCCUGUCGCACUGGCUGUCCAAGCAGGUGCCCCGCAGGGCGGGGCAGAGCCGGUGCCCGGCCAUGCCACCCCGGGCCCGCAGUGCCUCCCAGGACCGGCUGGAAGACAUGAGUGCUCACCGUGCAUGGCCCUGCUCCACAUCGCAGGAUGCCUUGAGCCACCUGGGCCAGGAGAGCUGGCAUCGGGCUCGCUCAGAGGAUUACCUGGGCCGGGCCACUCGCUCCGCUGAAGCCCUGGGGCCCGGUGCACUGGGGUCGCCCCGCUUAGAGCGCUGUGGUUGGGCCUCCCAGCGUCCUGCUGCCACCCGUUCGGCUGCCUGCCCCCCUCGGGACCUGCCAGGGCCUCAGUCCUCUCCUGCGCCUGGCCUUCAGGGCCUGGACGACAUCGGGUAUAUCGGCUAUCGAAGCUACAGUCCAUCCUUCCAGCGCCGGACGGGCCUCCUGCACGCACUCUCCUUCCGGGACUCGCCCUUUGGGGGGCUGCCCACCUUCAGCCUGGCCCAGACCCCCACCCCAUUCCCACCUGAGGCCUCUGAACCACCUCGGGUGUCAAGGCCUGAACCCAGUGCCGGGACCCUGGAGCCUCCUGCUGAGGAUCGUCGCGAAGAGGUGGUGCUGAGACAGAAGCCGCCCACCGGCCGCAAGAGCCAGCUGGGCCCCACCAGACAGAUGAACUUGGGGCUCGGGGACGAGUGCCCUGAGCCAGAGGCCAGUGGGCGAGGGGAGCGCCUGGGCCGGAGGGUAGCCCCUUUGGCCACCACCGAGGACUCUCUGGCUUCCAUCCCCUUCAUCGACGAGCCCACUAGCCCCAGCAUCGACCUCCAGGCCAAGCAUGUCCCCGCCUCCGCCGUGGUCUCCAGCGCCAUGAACUCGGCCCCGGUCCUGGGCACCAGCCCAUCCUCGCCAACCUUCACCUUCGCCCUCAGCCGCCACUACUCCCAGGACUGCAGCAGCAUCAAGGCCGGGCGCCGCUCAUCCUACCUGCUGGCCGUCACCACCGAGCGCUCCAAGUCCUGCGACGACGGGCUCAACACUUUCCGGGAUGAGGGCCGGGUGCUGCGGCGCCUGCCCAGCCGCGUGCCCAGCCUGCGGGUGCUGCGCAGCUUCUUCACGGAUGGGUCCCUGGAUAGCUGGGGCACCUCGGAGGACACUGAUGCCCCUUCGAAGCGACACUCAACCUCGGACCUCUCUGACACGGCCUUUAGUGACAUCAGGAGGGAAGGGUGGCUGUCAUACAAGCAGGUCCUCACCAAGAAGGGGAAGAAGGCGGGCGGCGGCCUGCGCCAGUGGAAGCGGGUGUACGCCACGCUGCGGGCACGCUCGCUCUGCCUGAGCAAGGAGCGGCGGGAGCCCGGGCCGGCGGCGGCGGGGGCUGCGGCGGCCGGCGCAGGUGAGGAGGAGGCGGCGGCGCCCGUCUGCAUCGGCUCCUGCCUGGUGGACAUCUCCUACAGCGACACCAAGAGGAGGCACGUGUUCCGGCUGACCACCGCUGACUUCUGUGAAUAUCUCUUUCAGGCUGAGGACCGCGAUGACAUGCUGGGCUGGAUCAGAGCAAUCCGGGAGAACAGCAGGGCCGAGGGCGAGGACCCCGGCUGUGCCAACCAAGCUCUGAUCAGCAAGAAGCUUAACGAUUACCGCAAAGUGAGCCAUGGCUCUGGGCCUAAAGCCGAGUCUUCCCCCAAAGUCUCUCGUGGCCUGGGGGGGCUCAAGUCCGAGUUCCUCAAGCAGAGUGCGGCGUGGGCCCUCAGGACCCAGGAGCAGCCUGCAGGGGGCAAGGAUGACAAUAUGGCUGCCCCCAAAACCCCCUGGGGCAUCAACAUCAUCAAGAAGAACAAGAAAGCCACACCAAGGGCCUUUGGAGUCCGGCUGGAGGAGUGCCAGCCUGCCACGGAGAACCAGCAUGUGCCCCUGAUUGUGGCUGCCUGCUGUCGCGUCGUGGAGGCCCGGGGGCUGGAGUCCACUGGUAUCUACCGCGUGCCAGGCAACAACGCCGUGGUGUCCAGCCUGCAGGAGCAGCUCAACCGCGGGCCCAGUGACAUCAACCUGCAGGACGAGCGCUGGCAGGACCUCAACGUCAUCAGCAGCCUGCUCAAGUCCUUCUUUCGGAAGCUGCCUGAACCUCUCUUCACCAACGACAAAUACAAUGACUUCAUCGAGGCCAAUCGCAUCGAGGACGCCAGGGAGCGGAUGAAGACCCUGCGGAAGCUGAUCCGGGACCUCCCAGGACAUUACUACGAGACGCUCAAGUUCCUCGUGGCCCACCUCAAGACCAUUGCAGACCACUCAGAGCAGAACAAGAUGGAGCCUCGGAACCUGGCCCUGGUCUUCGGGCCGACGCUGGUAAGGACGUCAGAGGACAACAUGACGGACAUGGUGACCCACAUGCCGGACCGCUACAAGAUCGUGGAGACGCUGAUCCAGCAUUCAGACUGGUUCUUCAGCGAUGACGAAGACAAGGGCGAGAGGACCCCCGUGGAUGACAAGGAGCCGCAGUCGGUGCCCAACAUUGAGUAUCUGCUGCCCAACAUCGGCAGGACGGUGCCUGCCAGUGACCCAGGUUCAGGCUUCAUCACCGCCUGCAGCUCAGCCAGGUCCAAGGCCUCGUGGGCCCCCAGGAAAGAGCCGUACGCGCCGGAGAUGCUGGCGAUCUCCUUCAUCUCAGCCGUCAACCGCAAGCGCAAGAAGCGGCGGGAGGCGCGGGGCCUGGGCAGCACGCCCGGCUCCGCCUCUUCCAGCAGCCAGGAGUCGCUGCGCCCCCCGGCGGCCGCGGUGGCGCUGGCUGCGCGGCCCUCGCGCCUAGAGACGCUGCGCCUGCGGCUGCGGGGCACCGCGGACGACAUGGCCGUGCGCCUGCGCCGCCCACUGUCCCCCGAGACGCGGCGACGCCGCAGCAGCUGGCGGCGCCACACGGUGGUGGUGCAGAGUCCGCUCCCCGACCUCAACUUCAACGAAUGGAAGGAGGUGGGCGCGCAGGGCACUGCGGGCGACAACAGGGACUCGGGGCUCAGCAGCCUGGAGUCCACCAAGGCGCGCGCCUCGUCCUCUGCCGCCUCGCUGCCCCCUGGGGACCUGGGCAGCCUGCAGGGCAUGACUCCGCGCCUGGCCCCCGCCUCCCGCCUCCACCCGUGUCUCUGACCCCGCCCGUCCCCUGCACUCUGGGUCCCUGGGCCACCCGGCCAGGGCAGGAGGGCUGCAGGUCACCCCUAGUUUGCGCUGGAAUGGGGGCCAGGGGAGUCCGGAAUGGAGAGGGAGGCGUCUGGGGUCUGUGUCCCCGGGUGUGUGACCGAGUGGGCCCUUCUGUGUCUACCCUGAGGGACCCUUGUUGACCCUGGUGGAACAUGGGUCUGGAAGCCCCGGGUUUCAGCCUGCCUUUCUGCCUCCCCCCACUAAGGUGGGGUUGGGCGUGAGAAGGUGGGCAUCCAAGGGGUGCAGGGGCUUGUGUGUAUGGUUGUGUAGUCGCUGUCCAAAGAUGUUUCUGGUGGCAAUUCGGGCUCCCCUGCCCCAAUCCCCCAAGGUCCUUUGGGACACUCAGGGGUCUGUCCCUACACCUCCUCAGAGCCAGAGAAGGGGUUGGGCCACAGACACAGGACUGAAGCCCUCACCAAGGUCACAUCCCACAAACCCUUUUGCCAACCUUCAUGUCACCCCAGUCUGGGGAGAAGCUGAUCCUAGCAGUUUGAGGAGGGUCCGGGGUCUCCCUGCCUGUACCCUCUCCUUCUUUUUGUUUUAUAUGGGUGUUUUGUGUUUUGUUUGAGGUGUGGGGGACAGGAUCUCGCUCUGUAGCCCAGGCCGGCCUUGAAUUUAUGCAGAUCUGCCUGCAUCAGCCUCCUGAGUGCUCAGAUUACAGGUGUCCUGCAACUCACACGGCCACCGCCCUCCAUUUUGCUCUCCCAGCUGUGCCUGCUCUUCCUCAGCUCGGGCACAGGGACCAGGACCCCAUCUUUUUCCCUAGAGAGGGAGGGACAGUCACCAGCCCCUUGGCAUCUCUGUCACACUGAUUUACCAGGGUCCGAGCUGGGUGUCCCUGCCAGGUGGGUGGGACCCAGUCCCUUUUGUCCCCCUGCACUGUACAUAGACCCCCAAUCACCAGGCCCUCAACGUUCCUUCACUCAUUCCAGGGAAGCUCCAUGGGUCGCAGAUGGGCCCCCCCACUCCCACCCCCGUCAGUCUCUCCUUUUCUGCAGAUUUGCUGUAGACUUCCAUUGCCUGUCCUCUUACUGUAAAUAUUGUCUCUAAAUGUGUAACAUAUUAUAAAGAAUUUAUAAGAAUUUUUAAAGAUGUUUUUCUCAUUUAAAAAAAAGUGUUGUAACAGUGUUGGAUAAAGGCCCCCCACGUACGCAUGGCUCCUACCACUGUGUCCCUGACACACCGCUCUCGGCGACAACUAAGACUUCUUGCUUCCCAAAAGUCCUGUCUUACAAGUACAGUCUUUAUCUUGGAAAUAAACGGCCUUCCUGAG